AAAUACAAAAAUUUGGGUUUGCGAGGGUUAUUCAUUUCUGCGUGACUGAAGCUGCAAGAGAAACUGAGAAGCUCAGAGAAGAGAAUCAUGGGAAGCAGAUUAGGAAGAAGAGUGAUACACUUCGCCAACCUACCAAUCAAGCUUCUCAUGCCAACUUCGUUCACCAACAUUCAAGAAAUCGCCCUCAAAACCAUCCCUUCCGCCUCCAAGAUCGAGAUCAAACGCGUCCUUGAAUCCCUCUACGGCUUCGAGGUUGAAAAGGUUCGAACAUUGAACAUGGACGGAAAGAAGAAGAAACGCGGCGGCAUCUUGAUCGCAAAACCUGAUUACAAGAAGGCUUAUGUAACCCUAAAAAACCCGCUUUCGAUUAACCCGAAUCUUUACCCGAUCCGAGUCAUUGAAGAGGAUAAGAAGAGUUUGAAUAAACAGGCUAUGGCUAGCGUUGUUGAGGAAGCGCCAAGCAAAUCACAUUGGCUCGAUGAGAACAAGGAGGCUCAACGGUUCAAGCCCCAAAACGGUUAUAUCCGGGGACGGUUUGAUGGUUCUGGUUUGAACCGAGGACGGUUCGACGGUUCCGGCUCAAACCAGAGACGGUUUGAUCGUCCCGGUUCGAACAGGUCUGAUGGGUCUGCUGCAAAGUUUCCCUGGACUAACAUGAGGUCUGGUAGGAGUACUGCUACUAGGUAGUUUUUGUUUUCUUAUGUUGGGUUUUGUAUGAUGAAAUUUGGUGGUUUAUUGGAUUUUUGUUGAUUAGUGAUGAAAGUGUUCUUUUUGAUUCAAUAAUUUGAGAUAUAACAAUUGAGCACCAACUGUUUGUAUUAUUUACUGAUAGCGAGUAGCCAGUACUAGUAUUAUGCAAGCUGUUACUAAAUUGAAAAAAAUCAUGUUCCAAUGAAUUGGGAAACAAUACAUUGCUGUUAUGAAAUGUUCGUCUAGAUUUUAUUGGUUAGUAAACCAAUGAAUUACUCUAGAUUUUGUUUGUUCUAAUAUAGCCUGUUUUUCAUUUA